AUGAGAUCACUGCUGCAUUGGGUGGGCUGUCUGGGAAUUCUGGCUGUGGGUGGGAAUGCCAAGAAAUGCCUGACGACUACUCCAUUGUAAGUUUUGAGAUUGCGCAACUCCGUUUUAUAAUUUUGUUUUGCCUCUGGGCAAUAUUGGAGGACUUGUGUAAAGUUUUGAGAACUGUCAGUCAUUCUUUAUUGCAUUUAAACUUUUAUGACUUAGUAUUACAAUACCCAGAAGAGGCAUUAAACGAUCAUUUACGAUGUCAUCUUCUAUAUAAUUACUCUCUAUUAUUUACUAUGAUUUACGAUCAUUUCCAGGACAGUAAGUGGGGAAUGUGGCGAGCACGAAGUUACCUUUCAAACGACCGUGGAGAAGAACCGAGUAGCAGUUCGAAUUAAUCCAGGAGAAAAAUCAGAAAGUACUUUCACGAAUGUUACAAAGUAAGUAAGUGCUCACAAAGUAAUUUAAUUAACGUUUUUAGACUCUUUCUGAAUGUGGCCGGAUGUGAGGUGGAGUUGGCCAUUGUUCCUGGCCUUUUCUUGACAGCUCAAAAUUCACACAGUAAGGAAUUUAAAAUGAAGUAUUAUAUGUACUAUGUGUGUGUGUAUUAGAGAUCACGCAAAGACAAUUUUUGUUAUACUAUAUCUGGUUUCAGGUUUUUCUGCCCCACUUGAUGGUCUUUUGGUUAUCGUUGAACAAACGGGUAACUACUCUCUCUUUUCGGCUUCAACUGGACUUCAGCGAUUCUACAAAUGCCCCUCGAAACAAGUCUAUUUUGAUGAUUAUGGGACUCAAAAAACAGCUCGUGUCUCUGUUCGAUUGACCAAGAAAGAACCCAGUCUCAAAUUAGAAUUUGUAAGUAAUGUUCUUGUAAUUGUUUGCAAUCCUUUAAAAUGACAUUUAUAUCUCGUUUUCAGGUGGAAUCAAAGCUAUGGACAGUCUCCUCAGUCCGCCGGUUAUCAGUUUUAUCAAUCACAUUUAUUCUCACCGUCUUCUCACUUCUGAUGUAA